AAAUGAAAUAGAUGUAUAUACGUGAGAUUUGGUAGAAAAGAAAAGGCAAGAGAAAAAUAGAAAGGAAGUGCGCAGAGCGCAGCUAAAGAGAACCGAUCCAAUAUCACAGAGAGAGAAACCACAAUUUUCCGAUAUUAUUUAUAUAUGUAUACAUCAUGGCUACAUACAAACACUGUCACUCUCACCGCAUUUAACGCCAUGACUGAAAUAUGCUGGGAAAAUAUGGUUUUCCGAGGACAAAUAGCGACGUUAGUUUGCUUGAUGUAACUAUUAUCUAUAUGCUGUGUAGUGCACAGUGCUUGCACGAGCAAGGAAGUACCAGAGAGGUUCUCUCGCAUUUUUCAUAGUGGUGUUACAUGUAUAUUGUCAGAUGGAUGAGUGUUCGGUUGGUGGGGACAGCGCAGCUGAGGAAGAUGAGGAUGAUGCCUCGAGUCAUGGCUCUAGAAGCAAUAGUAGCAGUAGUAGCAUAAGUGGCAGUAGUACAACAACAGAUAGUGAUGAAGAUAGUGCUGAGGAACAUGCUACGAGCAGUAGUGAGAGUCAUAGUUCCGGAGAAGAGGACGAGGAUGAGAACGAAAAUACUGAAUAUAUGGUAAAUUCAGAGAGACCUGAUGCUUUGAGGUGGGAAACUUGCAUCGCUGCCAAUACUAAAGUAAAGUUACCACAAGAUCUUUGCGAACAUUUCAGUAUCUUUAAGGAAAUGUUAGAUUACCCACGCUUAUGGAACGAAUGCCUUACCGAGAAUCAGAGAGACACAUUGUAUAAUCUUUUACCGACUUUUCCAAAAGAUUGCAAUAUAGAGGCAGAAAUGAAUAAGUCGCUGCUCAUGUUGUUCAAUAGAGAAAACGACAGAUUUGGCACAUCGGCGCUGGAUAUAUUUCAUAAUCAUCUCUCCGCCGGCCACUAUCGUCCCGAUAUUAGGAGAAUGCGUAUCUUAGUGCGCAAGGCGCAAAAGAGGAGACUACUGUUCGAGGCACGGAAACGAUCAUACGAAUUGGCGAGUCAGCUGCUGAAGUCGCGAGAAAGUUUGCUGUCGAACGCGUAUAAACAGGGCUUCAGUCAGCCGGCGAAUCGAACGGUGUCCAAGCUUCACUGGCGCAAGCCAAAGCCAGUAAUGGUUGAAGAGAAGACCCAGUUGCGCUAUAUGGAGGAGUUGAACGCAGUCCGAGUGGAACUCGGGGCCAACACGAGGCUGGCCGCCGACACGACGUCCGAGAACGAGGAGAAUUAUCCGCAUUAUCCGUCGUCCGGGGCUAAGCAAAAGCGGAAACGGCGUUCCAUCAUGAAUUUCCAAGGACUGUCGGUGAGAGGUCUGCAACUUGAGGACGAAACGAUCCGGCCUGUGUUCUCCACCUUGCAGCGAAUGGAGUACGCGCCAAGCAAAUCGUUGCUUUUACGUGAACAAACGGAAGAGACUUAUCGCGCUAUGUUGAUCGCGCAUAAGAAACGACGGGCUCGUCGUGAUGUUCACCCGGAAUUGAAUACUCAAGGAAUUGCGCUUGCCGACCUCACGCAACGCUCGCAAGUUGGCCAGAAGAGAUUUUCCAUGGGUACUUCUAUGAGAGUCACGCCGGCCAAAAAGCGAAUCAAAGCCGAACAGAACCAGCUGCUCGCGCCGAAAUCGGCGAAUUUGUGUUCGGUGAAACACGAGAGUGAUAACAGCGAUUAUUCUCACACGACGGACGACAAUAGGCAGCCUAAUAUUCCAGACAUGGAUUACAGUAGAAUAACGACUCCUAUAAAGUCUGAACCGAUUGACGUAUACGAAACGCAUCACUUAGCUAAGAAGAAAAUGAGUCCAAUCACUCCGAAAUGUAGCAAGCCGAUAGUCAUGAAUACACCAGAGAUAAAAAAAGAAAUCGAAGACAUAGAGUACGACGAGGUGAAGACGGAAUUGAGCUCAGGCAUAAACGAAGAUAUAUUGGCCGAGACUGAAGAGGAGGAGGAGAACGAAACUAAGAAGGAACUCGACUUGGAUAAUAUCGAUAUGAUGCAUAUACCGAUCCAACUCGACGACGGGAUUGAUAUACUUGACGACGUAAAGUGUGAGGACGAAGCUGUAAUUUCAAUACCAGAAAAGGAACUAACUAUACCAUCCAAUGAGAAUGCUAUAGAUAUAAAUAACGGCGCGGAACUAAUGCAAGAAACGCACGCAUGCUUCUUCUCUCUGCUGCGAGACGCCUUUACCUCUAAGGGGGAAUACCGAAUGAGCACGGUGGAAAUGAAAGAAGCGAUCACGCAGUGGCAAGGCAAUCCUAUCUCUCCGCUGAACGAUUGGUAUUCUCUGGCACCUUCGUGGCCCGCGUUAGUACCGCUAGCUCUGGGAUUUCUCGCCGGUGAAUUGACAUAUUCCCAAGAGCUGGAUCAACGACAAGAGCGCGAGCAGGAUUUGGUGCCCUACUUAGAGAACAAAGGUCGCGGUGUGUACGCGUGGAUCGGCGCCGGUCGCGACUCCGACACUCGAUUAUCAGACCUGUGUACAAAGUUCCUCAUGUAUAAAGACUCGCUGGGUCCUCCUAAUACUUCGACCACGAGCUCUGUGGCAACCGCGAAACCGCAGGCUCAGCUCGUCCCUGUGAACAACAGCGCGACGACCAACAACGCGAUCGCGAUCAGCAGCUCGAGCGGCAGAAGCGGAAGUCCUGCGUCAGAAACUACCACCACUACUACCACCACUGUGGACACUGGUACCGUUGGUAAUGUUGCGGAAUCAGAGCCACCUCGAGCAUCGUGCUACACGGAAUGGAAGGUUCGUCCAUCCACGGUGGAGGAGCGCGAGGAAUUCCGUAGGCAAGAGCGUAUGCGUUACGCCGCACCUCACAAGGCGUUCACCUAUCGUAUGCACGGCUACGCGUCUGUAGUUGGCCCGGUGAAGGGAAUCUAUCAACACAAUGUCGGUACCGGACCGACCAAGCCGCGAGGUCACUCGCUGUUGGUGGCGGACCGACCAAACUUCGUAACGAUCUUAGCGUUGGUCAGGGACGCUACCGCCCGUCUGCCUAACGGCGAAGGAACUCGCGCCGAUAUCUGUCAGUUACUGAAGGAUUCCCAGUAUAUUAGGGAACAGGGAGACAACGACGACAAGGAGGGCUAUCUUCAUUCUGUGGUUUCAGGGGCUCUUGAUAGAUUACAUUACGAAACGGAUCCCUGUGUAAGAUAUUAUCCACGUCGUAAGGAGUGGCUGUAUCUUCAUCGAGCACGCUCGGAAAGUGAAUUCGAAAUGUAUCAUCAGAAGUUACAAGGCGUCGCGAAGAAUAAAAAGAAUCUUGGCAGUGCAUCGCGCAAUAAAUCGCUGCAGCCAAUUCUUAAGUCGACUAACAUGAACAAGGAACAGUCUACGAAUACUAAAGAAACCACCGCUAAGAAAGAAAGACGGACGACAACGCCUGCGCAAACUGCCGCGUCCAAGAAAGAGCAAAGUAAAGCCGAAGAGAAAAUUGUCAAUGAGCAUCCCGUCGCCACAGAGCAGCCUGUUAAUACCAAUGUGGAGGUAGCGGUUAGCGCGGUAUCUACGCCGGCUAUUUCUAUCGUCGACUCGUCCGUUCCUGUUGUGUCACUUUCAAGCUCCUCGGGCUCGGUCACUAGCGUAGCCCUGGAGCGAGAUAACGUCAUGUCGAUCGAAACGAAGUCACAACUCGCUCCGAUAACGACAGUGAAAAAGGCGUCGAACAUAGGUGGCAAACCGGUCACCGUGGUUAAGACGAACGCCGCGCAGAGUCUGUUGCAGUCGAAUCAGCAUAAUUUCCCGCAUCAUCAAAUUCAAGUGUCCACCUCAGCCGGCUUGCAGACUAUCCGUCUGUCUGGGCAUUCGGUGCUACAGUCCGCGCAACCUGUUCCAUCUAACAGUGGCAAUAAUAGCGGUUCCAACGUAGCAAAUGGGACGGCAAAUUUGACGACGAUUCUACCGUCUACGAAGGUGCAACAGCAGCAGCAACAGCAACAACAACAACAACAGCAGCAGCAACAGCAACAAACUAUCGUUGCGAAUCAAGCGGGAAAGAGUAUUUUGCAGACUACCAACAUGAAGCAACAACAGGCGCAACAACAGCACGUAUUACCAGGCAAAACUCUAUUGGCGUCACAGAUCAAAUUAGUUAGUUCCAGUCAGAUUAAAUCGUUACUUACGGGUCACGGUUUGCAAGGUCAAACCAUAUUCAUUAAACAGUCGUCUCCGUCUGGUAAUCAGACGCAACAAUUGCAACAACAACAACAACAACAGCAGCAACAACAGCAGCAGCAACAAUUAAAACAGCAACAACAACAGCAGUUGCAACAACAACAGCAACUGCAGCAGCGAGUUGUGGCUAAUCAACAACAGCCUCUACAGACUUCCGGGAUGCAGCGCAUCAUCGCGCAAAUCGGGGGAAAGCCCAUUGCUGUGCAGAUACAGCAGUCGCCCCAUCAGCAGCAGCAGCAAAAAAUCCUGGCGAAAGUCUUAACGAACAGCAGUGGAGGACAAAUUAUAUCGGUCGAGAGUCUGCUCGCUCAAAAAGGAUUAAAAUUGGCUACCACAACCGGUCAUGCUAAUCAACUUAAUAGACAGGGCAAGCAAGUGAUACAAACUCAAUAUCAGGUGGUGCCGCAACAGCAAGCGUCCUCUGGUCAGUCGAAAAUAAUAGUCAGCACGCAACACCAACAAUCUCAGUCGCAACAAGCGCAAACUGUCCGCAUGGUCACCGCUCAACUUGCGGGCAAGCCAAUCGUAUUGGCAAGCGGCAAUAAAAAUGUCGGAGUCGCGGUAAGCGCUAGCGGCGGAAACGUGGUGUUGGGCAAGCAGCCAACAUCUUCCCAGCAACAGCAGCAGCAGCAGCAACAUCAACAGCAGCAGCAACAGCCGCAACAGCAGCAGCAAACGCAACAACCGAUCAUCUUGCCAAGCCAGUUGCUCAAUAUCAAAACACUGCAUGGACUCAAGGUGAUACCCACUCCAUCCGGAUUGAAAACUGCCGGAGGUGCUGUGUACGCUCGCGUCAUCACUCCGACGACAAUAGCCUCCACGACGCAGCCAACGGUAAAUCAGCAGCAAACCCUUCAGGCGCAAUCGCCGAGAAACACUUCGUACGGUACACCUUGACAGGAUUGAUGUUCUUUACGUAUGUUUAUGCUUAAUCCGCUUAGCGUCAUUUCUUUCACUGUUUGUAUAUUGCGCGCCCCUUAAAUUAAAAGUUUACGGUGAAAUCUCGAUGGCGUGUUUCGGUAAGGAUCAUAUGGAGUGAUUAUACAUCGCACUUGAUUAGUUUGAUAGCUACCCUAUGUAGCUAUGUAGCAAUCAUAAAGAUUGAAACAAAAAACAUUAAACUCAUAACGAAGAUAGUUAAAUUUUAGUGAUACUCGACGUUUCGCGAUUAUAGUUCCGUCAGCGAUCUUGGAUCAUGAGACUCGUCGGGAGUAACGAGAAUCACGCGAAUGACUCGUACGGCUCAUGUACAGAUAAAUCAUUUUUUUAGGGACAUUCAUACACGACACAUGAUUAUGAUGAGCUCGUAGAAAGAUCUCGUUUCUGACGCUUAUCGUCCAAUAUACUUGACGAAGCUGUCGCGGAUUUUCAUCGUCUACCAAGCGGCAAAUAAAUCGAAUAGAGAGCUGGAAUGUCGAUUUAUUUAUAAAAUAUACCGUAUAUUAUUAAAUUUAUUUUAUCAUGUAUCAAGAAAUUGUGAAGCGUAAAGUUAGUAUAUAAAUAAACUUGCAUAUAAUAUUCAA